AUGACGGGGUGGGCCAACUACCUCCAGGGUAACCAGGCAAAUGACCUGCUUGCCUGCGUGGCAGCCCCCGAGGAGGAACCCAGGGAUGCCACUGAGCAGCGCGUGCAGGUGAUCUGGGAUACCAUGGAGCAGGUCGCCCAUAAGAGCCAGCGGUCGGUCCAGCGAUGCGGCCAGGCCAUCCGGGUGGAAGCCGUCCGGUCUGAAAAGGGGCAGACCCCAUACCGGCCGCUGCUGGCAUACAUGAACAAGGCCACUAUCAAGAAGCAUGUGCAGCCAUGGCAGCAGAUAUUAGCAUUCAUUGCGCGGACCCAGGCCCCGCACGAUUGGGCCAGCCCCAAAUAUGGGAUGACUGCACGGCAGCGUAAGAAAUGGUGGCAGCUAUGGCAGCUGGCGGGCCAGGCCCCCCAGAGUAGCCCCGAUCCCAUGGAUACCGAGAUGGACGACCCGCAGCGGGGUGCGUGGGCCAUGACCAACAUGGAAAAGGCAUGCUUGGACUGGCGGGACCCCGAGAGUUAUCCACCGAUAUUAUCCAAGGUCAUCAAGAUCACGCGGUUCAUGGUGGUCCAGAAGGCAUUAUGGAUGGAUCCACACCUGUGGCAGAUCAUCCAGAUGUGGGAGAAGAAGGACCAGAGUGCUGAAUGGGUGUUAGCCAGCGUAGAUGACACAUUAGGGGACAUUGAUGAGGGGUAUGACAGUGAUGACGCCAUCAUAACCUAA